AUGCGCAUUCCGGACAGCCGUCGCACGGCGCUCAGCCCCUCGCUUUGCGCGCGACUCGUUUGCGUGGCGCUCCCCUCACGGCGCUGCCUGCUGCUGGGCGCGCUCGUCCUGCAGCUGCUCGCCCUCGCGCUCCUCCUGCCCCGCCUGCCGCCCAUCCCCCGCCACGCGCUCUCAGCAAACCCCCUUCCGCGGACUUCCCCUCCCCGCAGCGUCCUACCGCGCGAUUCUCUCCCGCAAAAUCUCCGUGGAAGACGUGCGGCGGAGCGGGAGUGGGGAGGGGAGGAGGCGGAGGGUCUGGAGGAGGACGGGGCAUGGCGGCUGUACCAGCAGUGGCGGGGGGAUCUGAUGGGCGCGGGCGCAGGGGGGGUAGCGGGGAGAGAGGGGGAUAGGGAGAAGGAAGGGGAUGGGGGAGGAGAGAAGGACGCGGAGGUGAGCAGGAGCAAGGAAGAGCAGCAGCAGGGGGGGGAGUGGGAGCGGUGUGGGCGCGUGGGGGAUGCAGCGAGUAUGCGCAGUGCGGCAGGGAUGAUGGCGGACGACAGGCCACGCCACACCAUGCCCCAGCAACUCACACCUCGCAACACGGCAGGCGGUGCGGCUGGGAGUGGUGGGGCGCGAUACCUGAUGGUGGAAGUGAAUGGAGGGCUGAACCAACAGCGCACAGCGGUGUGCAACGCUGUGGCGGUGGCGGCACUGCUGAACGCCACCCUGGUGCUGCCCACGCUGCUGCUCAACAGAGUGUGGAACGACUCCAGCACCUUUGGCGACAUAUUUGAUGCGCCCUUCUUCAUCGCCCACCUCGCCCCCUUCCUCCCCGUCGUCCCCACCCUCCCCCCCAACUCCUUCCACGUGCCGCCCAACUACUUCCCUGCACCGCCCCUCGCCGUCCGCCUGCGCCGCCUCACCCGCCUCUCACUGCAUGUGGCGGCUGGGCUAGCCACGGGGCGGCGACCGCUGCUGCCGCCCUACGUGCUGCUGCCGCCCAAGAUCUCCCCGCCCCAGUGGGCGAGUGCGGACUACUAUGUGGCGCAUGUGGGGCCUGCGCUAAGGGACAUAGGAGCAGUGCGCCUCAACCCAUUUGCCAACCGCCUCUCCUCGCGGGGUCUGCCCCUGUCGCUGCAGCGCCUGCGCUGUCGCUGCAACUUCCACUCGCUACGCUUCCUCCCCCCCAUCCGCACUGCUGCCCUCACCGCCCUCCACCGCCUCUCCGCCCACGCCGCAGCCGCCGCCGCCACUGCCGCUCGCUCCGCUCGCUCCUCCACUGGGCCGCUCGCUCCGCUCGCUCCGCUCGCUCCUCCACUGGGCGCAUUGCCUGCUGUUCUGCCCACGCGCGCCCACUCGCCGCGUGCCUCCCUGCUGCCAUGGAUCCCCCCUCCAGCACGGCGGCGGGGGCAGGCGGCGUUUGUGGCGGUGCACGUGCGGUUUGAGAAGGACAUGGUGGCGUUCUCGCGCUGCUCCUUCUCCUCCUCGCCCGCCCUGCACCGCGACCUGCAGCGCUACCGCGCCUUCGCCUGGUCCCGCUUCCACCACAGCCCCGCCACUGCCGCGUGGGAGUGGCUCAAGGCUGCUCUGGGAUGGGGGGGGCAGGCAGCGGAAGGGCAGGGGGGUAAUGCAGGAGCCAUCGGGGGAAGCAAGAAGAAGGGGAGCAGUGGCAGUGGAGAAGGGGCAGAGGGUGGGGGCGAGUCAGCGAGGUCAUUGAGAGAGGCGGGCCACUGCCCACUUACACCACUGGAGGUGGCGCUGUUCAUGAGAGCAGCGGGCAUAUCACCCGCCAUGCCGGUGUUUGUGGCGUCAGGCGACCUGUACGGGCCCAAGCACCUCAUGGCUGCCUUCACCGCGCUCUUCCCGCGCACCCUCACCAAGGCACACCUGCUCUCGCCACCCCAACUGAGCCCCUUCCAGGGCCACGCGUCGCAGCUGGCGGCCAUAGACUACCUGAUAGCGCUGCACGCACCGCUGGUGGUGCUGUCCCACGGGUCCAACUUCGGCCACGUGCUCACGGGGCAGCGCCGCUACCUGCACACCGGCCAUGCGCGCGUGCUCAAACCCGACAAGCGCCGCCUCGCCCAGCUCUUCACCCACUCACACCUCAGCUGGGCGUCCUUCCGUGCAUCGGUGCAUGCACUGGUGAGGGCGGGCAGAGAGGCCGAGCACAAGGUGGAGAGGGGACAGGUGGGCGAGGAUGGGGGGGAUGAGAGCAUAGAGGCGAGGGAGCGAGUCGAGAAUGUGACAGCGUUGGAGUCGCACGCCAUACACGCCACUGCCAGCAGCACGCAGCGGGAAGCGGGCUCGCAAGUGACGUCAGCGCAGUCCCGUGAAGCGACGCAGUCCCACCAGGCGGAGCACGCGGAGGCGAUCGAGCCGUCAGGGCGGUUAGAGCGAUUAGUGCGGGCAGGGGGAAUAGAGGGGUCGGGGCGAUUGGAGGAAGCGGUACAGGGGCGCUGGCAAGGAGUGGGGCACGGUGGUGGGCGUGGGUGGGUGAUUCGGGGAGCGCGGAGGAGUGGAGGUGCGGUGUUGAGCGCAGGCGAUGUGGAGCAGGGGACCUUUGAGAGACCUGCACGCAGCAGGAGCAACGGUGGCAGUGCGCAGCGCCGCAUGCGAGGACGCGCAGCACGCCAGUCAUGGCGAAGCGAGCAGCAGCGGCAGAGGUAUCGACGGCGGCUACUGAACCUUCCUUGGUCAACGCAAGGCACAUGGGACGUGACAGCACGAGCUGCACGCGGGGCAACCAGCAGCGCCACCACCACUGACACGGCCACGCCCUUCCCUCUCCGCUCUUCCCCCUCCGCGUCCUCCUCGCCCACCAGCACCACUGCUGCACCUGCUGCCACCACUGCACUCCCCACUCCUGCCCGUGCGCCUGCUACCACUCCGCCCACUCCCACGCUCCUUGCCGCGAGCAGCAGAGGGGAGAGCGGUGGCAGCAGUGUUGGCGGAUCAGCAGGAACACCUACCUCCGCUGCUGCCCUCACUGCACCUGCAGGGUCAGGUCCCGGCGAUGCAGCAGCAGCAGCGGCGGCAGCAGCGGCGGUGUAUGGAGCGGGGGAGCAAGGGGCGGAGGGGGAGUUGGUGGGGAAGCGGCUGGUGAUGGUGGUGACGCCCACGUACCCGCGUGCGUACCAGGCGCUCUACCUCGCUCACCUCGCCAACACCCUGCGCGCUGUUGCUCCCCCGCUGCUGUGGAUCGUGGUGGAGGGCGCCAACAAGACGGAGGAGACGGCGCGGGCGCUGGAGCACACGGCAGCGCAGUGCCUGCCACAUGGUGACCCCGCGUGCCGCACCCUCAACUUCCUGCACCUCGCUGCUGCCACGAGGGAGAUGGCGAAGUGGAACAAGGCGGUGGCACAGCGCAAUGCAGCGCUGCAGCACAUAGAGGCGCACCGCAUGGAUGGAGUCGUCUACUUCGCUGAUGACGACAACGUCUACGCCCCUCAGCUGUUUGAGGAGCUGAGGGCGAUCAGGGUGGUGGGCGUGGUGCCGGUGGGCUUCCUCUUCUCCGCCGGCUACGCCGCUGUCAACCCCGGCAAGCCCGCGCGCCCCUUUGUGGAGCGCCCCCUCGUGCAGCGCGGCAGCGACGGGGUGGCGCGUGUGGUGGGGUGGGAGACGUUUGAGUGGUCCAUCCCCAAGGGCAAGCGCGGCGGCGCCUACCGCUCCUUCUGCUCCGACAUGGCUGGCUUCGCCUUCAGCUCUCGUCUGCUGUGGACGCGCCUCACCUCCAUCCCCGGCUACCCCCGCCACCCUGUUCGCUUCCAGGCCAUUUGGGGAGGCUACCUGGAGACGACGUUCCUGUCGCGCCUGCUGCCGUCGCCCACAUACCUGCAGCCCAUAGCACGGGACGCCACGGAUGUGUGGGUGUGGCACAUGCACGCCGAGGCCGAGAAGACCUUCCAGUACCCCGCCAAAGCCUGGACCCUCCCCCAGCCCGACCCUCAGCGCCUCGUUCGGGUGGCGCAGGAGGGCUCUGGGUGGCCGUACAUUGUGGACGGGCAGAGGUACGGGUUUGAAGACAAGAAGGAGCCGUGGCCACGGUUUGGUUACCGUGCGGGGCUCAUGCCUCCCAAUGGGACGGCUGCACCACCGCCAGUCAAACGCACACCCAAGGAUCAGUUCUCGUGGAAGGAUUGA